AUGCCAGAGGUGAGCACGAGUUCGCUGCGCGCGUUUUGGCGUAUCGCAGUGGAGUCGCCUCCCGGCAGCUCGGAGCCGCCGCCGCCGCAGCCGAGGCCGCCUCCUCGGCCUUGGGCCAAGGAGGACAGCACUACCGGCCCAACGCAAGAGGCGACCGACGAGGACAUGCCGCCGUGGCUGUCCACUGCCGCGGCCAUCCUGCCGGAGGUCCCCUACGACCACGUGACCGCGGCCCGCAUUGUCCUCGGCUGGCUCCGCGACGCCGACGGGGUCGCCUUUCUGCCGGUGGUGGCAGCGGGCCGCUCGAGCAGCGUGCCCGCUCGUCGGGCUGAGUUGCGUGGGGCGAUGGGCGGCCUCCGGGAAAUGGCGAGGGGUCGGAGAACGCUUCUUGUUGCUGGCCCGAGGGAGGAGAAGGGCGGAGAGUCGGGGCAGUCUCCGCUCGGCAGUGACUCGGUGAAACUGUCUGCUGUCUACGUAGCGUGUCUUUUGUCUCUUGUGCUUUUUUGA